AUGGGUGUGGUCUUCUGUGAGGUCUGUGAAGAAAUACAGCAGAUGAGCCAUUUGCCAAAGCCAGACAUGGCAAACCAGACCCCUGAGGACACUGUCUCCAUAGAUGAUAUCUCCACAGAAGAGGCUGGGUGGUUUGACUCAGGUGGACUGUAUGUAACUACACCCCAAGUCCCACCAACCAGCUACAAACAGAGGAGUGAAGAGUUCAGAAAGCUGUUCAAAGAACCAACAGAUUCUGAGAUGCUCAUCGCAGAUUAUACGUGUGCUCUCCAGAGGGACAUUCUGCUGCAGGGACGGAUCUACCUGUCGGAAAACUUGUUGUGUUUCCACAGUAAUGUAUUUCGGGGAACAAAGAUAGUCUUGAAACUGGAGGAUAUUACAAUCAUGACCCGAGAAAAGACGGCAAGAUUGAUUCCAAACGCUAUUCAGAUCUCCACAAAUGCAGAGAAGGUAUGUUUCUCAUUCUUCCCCACUCACAUGUAUUCAUUUAGCAGACACGUUUAA